UACGAUUGACAUUUCGUUCGAUUUGAUUGUGUGGUAGUGGACGGAAACAUUUUUUCAAUUUCGUUGAGAAAGAAAAAGUAUAUUUUGCAUUUAAAUGUCGCAAGUGUUCAGCAAGAAAAAUUGAAAAUAUUUCGCUUGUAUAUUUUAAAUAAAAUUGUAAAAAUCGUAUUAAAAAUUUUUACAUGAGCUAAUAUGAAAAUUGGAAUUUCUUGCUUUUAUAAUUUCCCGAUGUAGAGAAGACGUUUUUUCUUUGUUGCACUAUUACCUUGCAACUGAAAAAUUUACAUAAAAAAUCAAUGAACGCUUGUGUUAUACAAUAAUAAAAAUUAUAAAUAUUUUACAUAUAUAUAUAUAAAACAUUUAAAUUAUGUGCAGUAGAAUAAGAUAGUGAAAAAAAAAUUUAGUAGUUUAACAAAUUAUUAAAGUAAAAAAAAAGGUGCAAUGAAAAUUUCAAUAGUUUAUUAAUAGCAGAAGAAAAAGUGUAGAUAUAUUUAAUAUAAUAUAAAAAUAUAUGUAUGUAUGUAUGUACCUACAAAAAAUAAGUAUAUUAGAAGGUUUUCUGUAUUGUAAAGGAAAAAAAGUUGUUUUUAAUUUUUAUUUACCACAUCAUAUUAAGUGUUUUUAAUUUUGUUAUGAUUUCAAAAUCCCAAGGUUGCUAAAUUUUACAAAAAAAAAAAGAAAAAAAAAGUGAAAAAUAAGAUUGGCAAAAUAUCAAAUUCAUUAAAAAAAAUAUAUGUAUGUAUAGGUAUAAAUGAAAAUUUUACAUUCUGUAAAAAAAAAAUCCUAGAAAAUAUUUUUUGUCAUUUUAUUUUCUAAACCUUAGUAGAGGGUGAAAAAAUCGUGAUUUAAUUUUUUUCUUCAAAGGAGUAAAUUAUAUUAAAAAAAUCUUCCUGUCCAUAUUUAUAAUCCAAAUGUCUACCACAUCAGCUGAAUCUCCUACAUUAUCAUCACCAUCAUCAUCUGCGCCUGCAACCGCCACAACACCCCCUACUGGGAUUGCUGUAGCACAACCAACAAACAGCAGAAAAACUACACAAAAAAUGCCUAGAGGCAUUCCGUCAGACAAGAUAAAUCUUCGUCUUAUUCUCGUUAGUGGAAAAACAAAGGAAUUUUUAUUUAGUCCAUCUGAUAGCGCUGGUGAUAUUGCACAAACAGUAUUUGAAAAUUGGCCAGAUGAUUGGGAAUCUGAGCUUGUUUCUAAAGCUGAAAUUCUUCGUCUUAUAUAUCAAGGUAGAUUUUUACAUUGCAACGUAACGUUAGGUGCAUUAGGACUUCCACUUGGCAAAACAACUGUUAUGCAUUUAGUUCCAAGAGAUAAUUUGCCUGAGCCUAAUUCUCAAGAUCAAAGGCAAAAAAGUAAAGGUGGUUCUAGUAGAUGCUGUUCAACGGCCUGUUGUAUUUUGUAACUAGAUCUUAUAGUAAAUUGAUUAAUGAAUUAUUAUUAUAAUUAUUAUUAUUACUAUUAUAAUACAAUAAAUUCUUUAUAUAAAACAUAAAAAAAAAAUUUACUAUUUAAAAAAAAAAUAUUUAUUUUAGAAAAUCAAAUAAAAACGAAUGAUAUAAUUAAAAAAAAAUAUAUAAGUAUGAAUAUAUAUAUGUAUAUAA